GCAGGACUGGCAGCAGAGCAGAGCAGAGCAGGGAGGGAGGUGCCCUGGUGCUGCAUAAAAAGGCCCGCGAGGGUCCCGGGGGGCAGGCAGCAGCCCCACAAGAGCCCAGAGCAGCGCUGGGGGAGCAGCUGUCGGCGGCAGCAGCAGCAGCAGCAGCAGCAGCAGGGCCAUGGAGCAGUACUUCUCGGCCACCCAGAAGAUGGAGCAGGAGGUGAUGUUCCCCAGCCUGCUGCGAGGAGUCUUCCCGCAGGAGGAGGGGGCAGCCCCGAGCACGGAAGGCAGCGCAGACCUCUACGAGCGCUACCAGCAGCUGAAAGCCAUCAAGCCCAUGGUGGAGAAGGGCCUGGCCGGUGUCGGCGAGCAGGGCCAGAGCAGCGCCCCCGCGGAGCGCAGCGCGGCCCCGGCGGACGCCGACCCCACGGACGCCGAGCUGGAGGAGCGCCUGAGCCGGCACUUGGCCGGCUUGCAGCAGGUGCUGAGCCACCUCACCAGGGACACCACCGCCCUCACCCGCAGGUACAGCCAGAUCCUGGAGCAGAUCAGCCCCGGCGAGGGGCAGCCCAGCUGGUGAGCCUGCCCUGCCAGCCAGGACGGGUGCUGGUGGCACGAAGGAGAGGACAGCGCCGAGACGGAGCACCGCAGGCUCUGCGCCGGCCCCGCUCUCCCUCCUGGCACCGCGGCAGCUGAUGUCCCGCACUGGCACCGCACUCCGGCCGCAGUGGCAGCCAGCAGCCAGCCAGAGGGAGCCUGAUCCUCGCCGCAGGGAGGCCGCAGCUGGUGCUGCUGAGCUCCCUCAGCACAGCUCCAUGCCCUGUGCCGUCUUCUCGGGCUUCAGAGGGCAGCGCUCAAGGCGGCGCCGCUGUGUGGUGGCCCCGAACGCCGCUGCCGCUGCCCAGCCCUGCUCCAGCUGGUACCUGGACUCUAAGGGACACUCUCCCCAGCCUUUGCUAAUAAAACCACUUCUACCAAA